CUACACUGCACCGCACACCACCGCGCUCCGCUCCGUAUCAGCAGCACCUCGUGCCCGGCGAUAUCAACGUCACGGCGGCAUCGUUCGUCCUUUGCUCUCCGUCACCGCCACCGUCCACCGUUACGGCCUUCGGCUUCGGCAACGGGCCACGACAUCUACACGAGGAGCGUGACGACGGACCACGGCAGCCUCAUCAAGAGUUCGCGAUAGUCACGUAACCAAGUCUGCCAUUAUACGUCGACUCGAUUAUCGAAAUCACGUCACGUCACGUCGCAUCGCACCCUGCUUCGCUCGCCCUUUGCUACAGAAUCGCGACAACAACAGUUCCGGCCUAUCCAUCAGUUCUGCUCUUUGUGCCUUCAAUUCCUUUCGCGUUUAUACCUUCGCGUUAUAAUCCGGCCCAUUUGCCGGGGCCUGACCAGACGACAUGUCGAGUCUGCGUCCGGGAUCUAAUAGUCAUACUGGCCUCAACUUCCCUCAGGCCAGUCUUCGCCGCAAUCCAUAUCCUCCUCCCCACCCGGGUCAGCAGAACAAACAAUCGCCCGCGCCUCAUUCCGCGCCUCCGUAUCAGACACAGGCAUAUCAGCCUCAGCAGCCGCCUACCGGAUACCAUCAGCAUCUAUUUUCAAACCCCACGCAUGUGAACGGCAGUCUUUCCAAUGGCUCCUCACGCUCUUCAACCUCGCACAUGUCCAAUGCGGUGCCCAGCCCGCUCGACGUGUCUAACCCUCGAGGUUUACCGCAGUCACGUUCUCAGAUGAUGUUCCCUACCUUGGGACAGGUCGUACCCAACCAGCUCCAUCAUCCUCAGCAGCAACAGCAGAUGCAUCCACAGCAUUUGAGUCAUGCUACUCAUCCCCUCAACCAGCCUCGGCAAACCCUCCAUCAGCAUCAUGCCCAGCAAUCUCCCCAGCAGCGGCCUCAAUCCCAACAAGCUCAGCCAACACCAAAGCUUGGCCAAGUUCAGGUUAAGCCUCAAGCCCCAUCGCCCCCCUUACCUCAGCAGUCGAGCCAACAACAGGCCCAGUCACAUCAGCAGCUCCAGCAGCAACUUCAGCAGCAACAGCAGCAACAUCACCUGCAACAGCAGCAGCAGUUACAGCAACAGCAACAGCAGCAACAACUUCAACAGCAGCAGCAGCAACAGCAGCAGCAACAACAACAACAACAACAACAGCAACAGCUGCAGCAACAACAGCAACAGCAUCAUCAGCAGCAAGUUCACCCACAGCAGCAGCAUCAACAACAGCAGGCACAACAUCAGCAGCAACAGGCCCAAUUACAUCCUCAGCAGCAGCAGCAGCUUCGUACCCCUCAACAAGAGCAACAACAGCUCCAGCACGCACAGCAGCAUGAGCAGCCAAGGGCUCAGCCUCAUCAGCAGCCAGCACCUCGCCAACAAAAGCAGCAGAAGCAGCGCGAUCAACAAAGAGAGCAGCAGAGGGAUCAACAAGCCCAACAGCAGCAGCUCCAGCAACAACAACAGCUUCAGCAGCAGCAACAGGCUCAGCAACAAGCUCAACAACAAGCUCAGCAGCAGGCCCAACAGCAAGCACAGCAGCAAGCACAGCAGCAGGCACAGCAGCAAGCUCAACAACAGCCAAAGCAACAGCCUGCUCCUCCAGAGCCAGUCCAGCAGCAAGCGCAGCCACAGCCACAGCAGCAGAAACCAGAUGCCACUGGGGAAGAAUCGAUGGAUAUCGACAGUCAUGCCAAUGGCGAGGAGACUGGUGGCCUGGAUAUGAAACUGCUUGCCGACCCUAAUUACAUUCCCACACAGCCAUUGGGUGAGAUGAUGUCUCCGCCCCCAGAGGGUGGGAGUUAUCCGACUCUUGAGGCUGUGCAAAAGGCUGUCCUUCGAUAUUGCACUUCUGUCGGUUAUGCUAUUGUUAUUGGCCGUUCCAAAAAGACCGUGCCCGGACUGAAGAAGGUCCUUUUCGUUUGCGAUCGUGCUGGUAAGCCACCAAGCCGUGUCAGCCCUGAGUGCCGAAAACGCAAGACUUCCUCGCGAAAGUGCGACUGUCCAUUCGGUUUCUUUGCUAUCGAGCAACGAACUCAGUGGACAAUUCGAUAUCGCCCAGACCCUUCUCAUCUUCAGCAUAACCAUGGACCAAGCGAGAGUCCAUCGCACCACCCAGCUGCUCGCAAACUUGACAGUAAAAUGGUCGCUGCUGUUAAGCAACUCAAGGAAAACGGCGCUGGCGUCUCGGAGACGCUGCAGAUACUGCAGACCGAGAACCCGGACUGUCACCUCCUGCCACGUGAUAUAUACAACGCUCGGGCGGCUAUCAACCGCAACCCUCAAAAGGUUGCUACAGGCCUUGCCGAGAAUAGGCCAGCCAUAUACAGCAAACCUCAUCAGUCUCCCGAAGACCGCAUACGCGCAGAGUUGAGGCGAGAAAUUGCCAAGGCUCGCGAAGAUAUGCAGAAAAUGGAAGAAGAAAAGGAUAAAGAGAUCAGUGAACUAAAAGAGAAGAUUGUGGAGAAAGACGGCAUUAUUAAGAAGUUUGAGGAGUUCAUCGACAUUUGUAACGAGCGCGUUAUGUUUCAACGUCAGCGGCUCGCGGGAAGCAACAGCAAUGGGGCGAACCAGCCUCAAGCCUAACGUCUCAAUCUGGCGUAUUGGUUGGUCUAGUGACGCAUCGCGAGUAUUUAGGAUAUUGAAGAUUGGACAUUUGAGGAUCAUGAGGGCGUUUGAAUGGUUAAUGUGUUGCAUUUGCUCUUACUGAUGAUUUGGCUUUGCGGUUUGCUUUUGUUGACGGGUAUGGGCGGCACGUUAUGUUUUGGAGCAUGGCUUAAGAUUAUGAUGUAACUUGCUUAACGCAAUUCGUGUACACUGGUCUUUUUUACAACGGCAGACAUGGUGAAGACAUGGAAUAUACAUUGUCAUUUCU